UUAUAUCAGUCAACUUUUUACCUUUUGUCGCCUCUUGAUAUGGAUAGUUCUGUUGAGUAAAGAGUUUAUUUAAAAUUUUGUGCUACUAAGAAAAUUUCGUGUGCUGAUGCAAUGAAAAUAUUGCAAAAAGGUUUUGGAGAGUCUGCUCUUUCAGAAGCUCGAGUAUACGAGUGGUUUCGGACGCCUAUCCACGUCAAACACCGAAAAUAUACAAAACUACAAUCCAACUGCAUUUGUCUCCAUCUUGUUACUUGUUCCUCCAUUUGGAAUAAUGGGAAAGAGUGGAUCUUGCUGCUUCGUCAUCCAGUAUCAACGAGUAGAGGAGACCAGGAGAACAAGAGUAUCGUAUUGCUGUGCUUUUACGACUUGCUUAACAAGCAUAUUUUCUACAAGGUUUGCACCACCAGCCCGAUCCUGCUUCUUGAAUUUUGGGGAGAUUUUGCGCCAGUCCUUGGUGCGUCGAUCCAUAUUUUACAUAUGAUUUUACUGCAGAGCUGCUUUGGCUGGAUUCGAAGAUUCCACUGUGCUUCCGUCGACACCUGGGGCUUUAUCUGCUUUUAGUGCCAAUUGGGCUGUUUCCACCUUUUCAUUGUUUGGGGCCGAGAGUCUCGUUGAUAGAAGAAUAUAGAGAAGUGGGUUGAUACAGCUUUUCACUUCAGAUUAUUAGUCUCUAUUAAUUACAAUGACAAAUAAAACACCGUUUCGCCUUUACAUCACGAAAAUUUCAUCUUAAAUAUCAUUCACAAUGUGAUUCGUUUUAUCAUAUACUUUCAAUAUAUUCCAUUUUCUAGUUAUAGUAUAAAAAUAUGCACAGAAAAAAAUCGCCAAUUAAAAAGUUGCACUUUUUACUCUCACCUCUUUCAUUUGGUUGCACCGCUUUAAUUGUUAUCAGAAUCUCAAAUUGUAUUAUGAUUUACAUUCUUUGUUCGUAUCUUAUAUAGUAUAUACCGGCAAACUUCAUGGUAAUUGGUUAAUAAUUACUAAA